CCUAAGCUUAAACCCUCGUUCCCUGUCAAACCCAUUGUUGUUUCUUUGAAUUGUAGAAAAAAACAGCCUUUGGUACUUUUUGGGGGCUCAAAACCCUAACAUUCCCUGUGAAACCCAUAGCAGUUUUCCUUGCAUUGAAGAAGAAAAAGAACAGCCUUUGGUACUAGAAACCAGUGCUGCAAUAUGGAAUCAUCACAAGCUCGGCGGGUUUUAACGAAGCUGAUGAAGGUUUUAACUUUGAAGCCCCAUCACCCCGUUUCAAGGGCAGCACCUUCGUCAUGUGUCUUGCAAACGCGCUUUUUCAGCGAUAUAAAACGACCCAUCACUGAAAAUGAAUCCAUCAGGAGCAAUGAGGAUGAUGAUGGGGCUACCGAACAUAUUCCCAAACGACCCUUAAGGGGUCGAAGGCCUUUCAAUCCGUCUUUUAGAGAAACCGAAGGAGCCAGCUUUGAUCGUAAUCGUUCCUCGUUUCAAUCCCCCAAUGCCAAAUUUGCUUCUGAUCCUACAAAGAAGAGAGAAGAUUCUCAAUCUGAUGUUAACUUCUUGGAAAAAUUCAAGCUUGGGCUUGAAAACAAGAGAGAAAGAGUACCCUCUGAGUCAGAAGCAAUGCAUAGAAAAGAGCAUGAAGAAAAGCUUUCCCCACCAGAGGAUGCUGAUGAGAUUUUCAAGAAAAUGAAAGAGACAGGUCUUAUCCCCAAUGCUGUAGCCAUGCUUGAUGGUCUAUGUAAAGAUGGGCUUAUCCAAGAAGCAAUGAAGCUUUUUGGAUUAAUGAGGGAAAAGGGUACAAUCCCGGAAGUUGUAAUAUACACAGCUGUUGUUGAUGGCUUCUGCAAAGCACACAAGCUUGAGGAUGCAAAGAGAAUUUUCAGGAAGAUGCAAUCAAAAGGUGUGAUCCCCAAUGCUUUUAGUUAUACUGUUUUGAUUCAAGGAUUGUAUAAAUGUAAGCACUUGGAUGAUGCCAUUGAGUUUUGUUUGGAAAUGGUUGAAGCUGGACAUUCUCCAAAUGUCACCACAUUUGUGGGCUUGGUUGAUGGAUUGUGCAAGGAGAAGGGUGUGGAAGAAGCAGUGAAUGUUAUUGGAACCUUAAAACAAAAGGGAUUUCUGGUUAAUGAUAAAGCUGUUAGACAGUUUCUGGAUAAGAGGGCUCCUUUUUCACCUUUGGUUUGGGAAGCAAUAUUUGGGAAGAAAACCUCUCAGAAAGCAUUCUAAGUUUUUUUUUUUUUUUGUUAGGCUUCUAAAAUUUGUAAGUCUCUUUGUCCUGCCCCUUUUUUCUUGGCUUACUGUUAUUUAAUUACAUCUAUUAUAUGGAAGAUUCUUAGAAUUUAUGAAUGGA